AUGGAAGACCUCCGCGACGCCAAGGAGACCGUCGCCAAGUUCGCCGCGCUCAUCGACCGCCUGCGCCCGGACUUCGCACCGCCGCCCCCCGAGGGCGUCGCCGAUGCGACCUCCCACACCUCCAAGCGCCAAACGGCCCGGCGCCAGGACUCCACGGGCUCGCAGAAGAGCACCCGCAGUACAGUGAGCGCGCGGUGGAUGCCGUCGUCCACAUCUUUAUCCAAGAAGAAGAGGACGAGCGACUGGGCCGAGACCACCGAGGGCAUACUGUGGCACGAGCUCGAGAAGCCGCAGCGCGAGGUCGCAAUGCAAUUUCAGGUCGACCAGACGGCGCUCAAGGAGUUCAUCAGCUCGCGCGAGAUGAUGGAGUUGGGGAACGAGUUCGCGCGCCACUACGGCGACUAUGUGCGCGAGAAGCCCUACUGGGCUGCCGAGGAUUUAUUUUUUGAGCUGCAGGCUGUCAAGCAGGGCGAUGCGCAGCAGGCGAAGUGGACGAAAUCUAAGGCUUACAAGAAGGAAUGGGACCUGGCCGACCACCUCGUACGCUUCGUUCUGCUGGCCGAGAAAGCGCGCCUCUAUUCGGACCAGGAGAAGUGGCGUCUCUGGGAGUGGACUUUUGCCAUCAAGGUUGGCUUCUUUCUGAGCAUACUGCGAUGCUACAACGUCCGCCACGCGAAACAGCGACAGUUGACCCGUGAGGCCGAGGCAUCGGCGGGACGGAUAUCGCAGGCCAAUAAUAGGCAGCCUCCUCAGCUUGGUCCGGCAACGCCGCUUACCCCAAGAGUCACGCCUUCGCCGGGGGCCAAGUCUGUGAGCUUCGUUAUCGACCGACCGCAGGCGAGGAGCGAGUGA